AUGAACCAUGCCUCGGCCUCGUCGCUCUCGCUCGACAAUGCGACCCGGAGAGAGCGCGUUCAGCGCAACAAGGCCACCUUCAACAAGAAGAGAGAUGCCUUCUUGCAGCAUCUCGUUCGCAACAUCGACCUCUUGAUCUACGCUCAGCUGUCUGCCGUCUACUACAUGGACUGCUCCUUUACACGUUUCCUGCUCAGAGCCGCCAUACAGUUCAUGUUCCUGACACCCAAGCCUGCUUUCCUGCCCGAGCCACCGCACCCGAGACCAUACCUUGGCGCUAUCUUCGGCUCCAAUCUAUUGAUCAUUCUCCUCCAUAUUCUCCUUGCUCGUCCAGAGGCUGGCGAAGCUACCAGGGGUUACUUACAUGGCGGUCUGGCUAUGGACUUUGUGGGUCAGAAAGGCCCUACCUCAAAGUUACAUCUGGUCCUACUUGAUAUCUUGAUAUUGCUCAUGCAGCUUGUCCAUCUGGCUGCUACCACGACUCGACAAAGAGUAAAGCAACAAACCUCUACCACGACCACUCCUCCGACCGCCGUUCAAACCCACGAUUUCGAGGAGCGCGGUCAACACAGCUCCGACCACCAACCGGUCGAUCAAGAGUUGCAUUCUCUCAACCCCACCAACGAGCCAUCUGAAGAAGCCGACUCUGGUGCUCAAACAGAGCUAGAGAUGGGAGCAGGACCAGAACCAGAAUCAGAUGAAAGACAGGCUCUACUGGCCUCGACGGCACCCCGCACAGAUUCGUACAUCUUCGACGCCUUCAAUAGCGGUGAGAUCAUGAUUGCGGAUCUAAAUCUUUUCGAUGUGAUCAAAACACAGCUUAAGGAGAUGCGUGACCCCGUCCAGCCCCCGAGCACGGCUCCUUCUGCGGCAGGUGGCCUACGCGCCAGGCUAGCGGAUCGUAGUGCCUUCUUCCGUAUGAGAGUCGGUAAUCGUAUUUUCAAUGUCUAA